GGGAGGACGAAACCUUAAGCCUUGGCGCUUUUUCCUCUCAGGUCGCCAUGCUGGUGAGGGCGAGCUGGGCGCUGCGGGGUUUUCCCCGCGGCCUGCGUCUGACGGCCAAGAGGAGAGGCCUGAGCGGGGGCGCUGACGGAAGGGGCGCGGCAGCCGACUGCUUCCCGCUAGACCGCGCUCUGCUUCGCCUCCAAGGCCAAGAGACCGGGCCCUUCCUCCAAGGCCUCCUGACCAAUGACGUGACGCGGCUGCUGGGAGCGGGCGGGGCCUCAGAGGCGCCGCGCGCGCAAUACGCCCACCUCCUCAACGUCCAGGGGCGGUGCCUUUAUGACGUCAUCCUUUACAGGAUUCAUGAAAGUUCUCAAGAGGAGACCCAUAUCCUCUUGGAGUGUGACGCCGCAGUUCUGGACUCCCUUCAAAAGCAUUUGAAAGUGUAUAAGAUCCGAAGGAAAGUAAACAUCACGCCCUGCCAUGACCUCGCUUUGUGGGCUGUCAUCCCGAAAGUACCAUCCAAAGAGGUGUCCCCUGAGCUCCAGCAAUACACCGGCAAAGUGGUGGUUGCGACAUCUGACCCCAGAGUAGAUGUUAUGGGUUGGAGACUGAUAACCAGCCAAGGCACAAACCCAGUAGAGAUUGUUCCUGGAAGCAAGAUUGGAAAUAUUGAAGAUUAUCAUAGGCACAGGUACAAACAAGGCAUCCCCGAAGGCAUUAAGGACCUGCCUACUGGAGUAGCCCUGCCCCUGGAAUCCAAUCUGGCCUACAUGAACGGCAUCAGUUUUACCAAAGGCUGUUAUAUCGGACAGGAGUUAACCGCUAGAACCCACCAUAUGGGUGUCAUCCGUAAACGGCUCUUGCCAAUACAGCUUGCAGUAGCUGAGCCUUUUGAAAGGAUCCCUGAGGGUGCCGAAAUUGUAACGGAAUCAGGAAAGUCAGCGGGGAAGUACCGGGCUGGAAGAGAGGAGCUUGGGAUAGCGCUGCUGCGGCUAGCUAACAUAAACGAACCGUUGCAUUUAAAACUCUCAGGUGGCGCAACUGUGAAUCUCACAACUUCUGUCCCCAAGUGGUGGCCGAAACCUACAAAUGCAUAGAAUACACUUGCUUCGAACCUCGUCUGCCUUUUUGAUGUUGCCCUGUGGACUUGCUUUCUUUUAAUUGAUUCAUCCAGUUAGUUAUCUUGUGCAAUUUAAUUAUAUUUCAGCAGGACUCGUGCAAGAGGAGUUCCGUUGUGCAUUACGCCUAUUUUCACUGGCACGGAUCAGAGAGGACCAGCGAACAUGCACAUCAUAAAUUCUCAACUUCUUUUUAAUUUUUUCUCUAAUACCGAUGCUUUUUCUAAAUUUGACAAACAACCUUACCAACCAUCCACACCUUCCUUCUAGAAGGAUUCGGAACAGCAGGCAAAAUGGGAGCUGAGCUCUUGAAACUCCAGUCUGUUGCUAACUUCCUGGAUCACAUAUUAGCAUCACAACCAAGCACUGGGUACACAGAAGCCUCUGUGCCCUUAUAUUGGCUUCCAAUUUCAGCAGCUAGCACAGGUGUGUCUGUGUGAAGAGCCUUCUUCCAGCUUGUGCCUUCUUCUGUGCUUUCAGUAAUCUACCGCCACUUGAUAUUUGCCCUAGAAGAAGAUUUGCCUCUGCUUUUCCUUGCCAGAGAGUAGAAGGAAAUGACGGCACAGUUACUUUGAUUUCUUCCCCAUCUCUGAUAGGUUUUUUUCCCUGCCAUUGACAGGGGGAAGAGCAGAAAGAAAAUCAGAAUAGUUGUACUAAAUGAUUUUAUGAGAACUAGACUUGAGAUAACUGCAGAGAAGCUGUGGUAUCAAAACAGUCAUUACUCACACUGACUACGCAGCACAGCUUUCUUUUUUUGUUUGAUUAAGUAUUUAUUUUAAUUUAUUAGUAUUAAUCAAAAAAUCUACAAACACAACCUCCAAGGCACAUAGAAUUAUAUUUAAAAGAAUAACUUAGUUGUUGCUUUUAAAAUAAUGUGUGAAGAACCCCAUUUAGUUUUAUCUUACAAAGUAAUUUUUUUCUUGAUCACUGUGGAUGCAAAAUGUUUUUUUUCCUCUUAUUUUACACUUAUUGAGCUCUUGGUAUUGUUUUCUCAGUGAUGGUAUUUAAAGGAAAGGUGCAUCAUUCUGGAUUUAAAAUUUCAGAAUUGUUACACUUGGCUUUUAAUAUAUUUCCAUCAAAUGUGGGCUUUCUCUCUCUCUCUCAUUUUUAGUAUUUAAAUGACACUUAAAUCUUUUUGCAUAUGAGUACUUGUUAACCCUCAGGAAUUGUUAAGAGUUAAAAAGAGCAAUUUUUAAUCACUUUAGGAAAAGAUUCAAAUUAAGAUAUUACAAUUGCACAAGAAGAGAGGCUUUUGUAAGGAUUUUGUGUGUCUGCUUGCGCUGUGUUUGUCAUAAUCUAUGAUUUAAAAUGUGAU